CAACCUCGUCAGCGGAUCGAAAACUCGAGAAGCACUUGGAAGAAGAAGAGGUGCAGGCACCCUCCAAUGGGGCAGGCACAGCGUCCCACGUGGGUGCCCUUGGUUGUCUAGAAGACAGCGAGGGAGAUGAGGCUCAAAUGGCGUUCAAGACCUCUACUGCAUCUGUAAAUGCUGGAAGCGCCGCUGCAUCUUUAAAAAGUCCUCGGGACGAAAACGAUUUUGACAAGAAGACGGACAAGGACACGAACCUCGUCGUCAACAACAUACCUUCGGGAGAAGUUGUACUGGAAAAGUGGCGCGUGCACUCCAAUGAGCAGGAAGGAGGUAGUAGUAGCAGCACCAAUAUCCGGUUCUCGGGGUCAGCAGGCGGUGCCGCAGAUUCUGUUUCUAUUUCAACGUCUUCGGCGUGGAAUACAGACACGGAAAACGUGUGUUAUUCGUUUGGUCAAUGCAGUGAAAAAGAGACUCAGAGCCAGAACGAAGAAAUCACGACCGUAGCGAAAGCGCGACGAGCAAACAUGCUAGGGUCACUCCACCAGGGAGAUGAGGGCGCUGCGGGUCUCAGAUUGCACCAAGGUCUGCAAUCGCUCUCCGAUAUUGAGGGUGGUCGAGCGGCCCACUCGGACUCGGCCGCUCGACUGGUGUUCGAUCCUAAGGCACGAGGGAGCACCAUGGGGCAGCUACAUGAAACACUAGUUGUGGGGAAUUGGAGCACAAGCGACAAUGAACUGCACGUCGCGCGGCAACUGUCGUCCCCGAUAGGAGACCAGGUAGACGUGGUCGUUCGCCAGGACGUUCCGCCCUCACCGCUUUUUCCGUCUCUACACAACUCACCUCCUCCACGUUCAGAUGACCCAAAUAUCAAUGGCAUUUCUAGGCGUGCCUGCGGACUCCUGGCUCCGGCUGCUGGAACGUCUGGGACGAGCCAACAGCAACAGCGGGAGUCGAGCGUCCACAAGAGAGAUAUUGGGGCAUUACUAGGAUGUGCAGCGGUGCCAGGAGAAGCCCAACGCACAGAAUAUUCACCCGGCCCGCCUCCCAAGGACAGAACAGCCGCGCACAUGGCCACGGCCUCAUCCUCGUUUUUAGGCCAACAGCAGGUAGAGGUGCCACAGUCUACAACAGCAACCAAUACCUCGUCUGCAGUCGGAGAAAACCAUGGAAAUAAACUGGUGAAUAACUUAGAGUGGGAUCGACCCGAUCUGCUGCUGCUGACAAAUCGAGUAGGCGAACCGGACUCCUACGGCGAAUAUUUGCAUUGGCGAGACGACUUUUCUUUUCGCGAAGACAUUUAUGCAUAGAGUUUUUCCUCCCAUCACUUUCUUGGUACCACGUAGCCGGAUCAUUUUUCUACCUAGCACUUUUUUCAAGGGAGAAAAAGUGCCGGCAGCAUGGUCUCAUCCCUAGAUGGAAAAAUGAACUUUUCUCUUGUUCAUGACAUUGCGCCGUUGCUCCGCGUGACGCCUUCAAUAUCUCUCGACGGCAUCUACAUCCAGUGGGAACCGGAGCUUUCAACCGCGCGCGCGGACAAAAUGCGAGAAAUUAGUUCGAACUGCAUCCUAGGUGUCUGGUUGGCUAGUGAUAGUGUCGAUACACUGGCAGAGACGACGCGUCUUGUCCGGUUAGGCGUCAGCUAUGUAAACUCGGAUCUACCCAUGGACUGGCUGGCAACUGCACGCGAGACCACCCCUCCGCAGAGAACGAGGAGCUUCACCACGAAUAAAGAGAAUGGGACACGCUCAAAAAGUCCAGUGAGGACAGGGUCGCCAAGACGUGAUCAUGCAGCCCAGAAUUCUCUAGGAACCAUGGGAUUGAGCAGUGUGGGAGAAUCCGCAGGGACACUCGGCGCACACGCACGCUUCGGCGCGACUGCCACUAGCAACAAACUAGUUGCUACCGCGAACGAUGCAACUACGACUAUGCAUGCUAACGCAGUUGUUGAGGGUACUACUAGCCAGGGAGGUGUAACUAGUUCCGGAGCGCCCGUCUCCGUUUCCAAGACGUGGAAUGGCACCGCGGGACCUCAAGCACGUGAUACGAAGAGCCGUACUCCUGCCUCUGGAAGGGUAGGAGGUGGGAACUCAUUUUCCUCAAUGAGUGGUCUUGGUGCGUCGCCCGACGGCACAAAUAGUUCUCCCGCGUCACUGUUGCGAGCGUCCCCAACCGAAACAGAGGAGUCCUCACCCGUGCCGUCGCCAUGAAGAAAUAAUCAACUUCCCGCGUCGUGUUCGAUUGCACUUGCUUGCACGAACAAGAAGAUUAAGACUUUUUUUUGAAUGAAGUAGUGUUAAGACGCAUGAUUCAAGCUGGAGACCGACGCUGAUCAUUUGUUUCAUCUCGAUUUUGAUGUAUUUUCCGUGUCCGUAUUAUCGUUUAUUUGAUAGAGAUUUACAGGCUCUGACUUGAUUUGCUUUUGCUUCUUAUUUUGAUCUCCUUAAAGGUUAACUGAACAUUCUACCAGAACAACAUUUCCAUUCCUUCGUGCUAAGUACAAGAAAUCAAGUGUCUUUUUGAUGUAUUAUGAAGCCACCGAGCUCUUGUUCUUCGCUUGAAAUAGACGUCGGCUAUCACACGACAGAGCAGCAUGCACUACUAAUUGUGCGCUAUCUUGGUAGUUUGUAGUUGGAUAAAAUGUUUGUUGAAGCUUGAAAAGUGCUUCCUUCGAAUCCUGCUACGUAAGUACUUGAUACUUGCACAACUUUUCAUAGAGAAAUGUACACUGACUUUGUCACCUCGCAUUAGGGGGGUCGUCGACAGGUGUCCAAUGAUUCUCUAUCUCGGGCUUGAAGAUCUUGAUCGAGAAACUUAAAAACCUCCAGCAAGACUUUUUUUCGAUUAAUCAUCGUAUUAUCGAUCAAUGACUGGAGUCCCGUUUUUGUUCCGCCGCAUUCCCAUGUCUUGGUCUUAGUGUCCAGGUCUCAUUUUAUGAAUUUUAUUGGCGUAUGUCUAUGUGUGUGACGUAUCUAUUUGAGUCUACUAGAUCUACUCAUAUGACAUAUUAAGGCAUUUUAGAUCGUGCAACUACAGAACUACUAGGUGGCAACGAAGAACAAAUUUCCAUGUCGCAGCUUUACCUAGAGUGAUAGAUAAUGCAAAAUUUAAAACAACACCAAUAUAGGCGAAUAUACAAUAGAAGAAGUGGCCAAAAUAAAUUUUCCGGUUGUGCUGCUCCAUUUUUUAUUCGUUAUCCUCCACCUUUUCCUUUAGAGCAAGGUGUGUGUGCUGGCGAAAAAUAGAGCCAGGAUAUUGUUGUAUGUUGUAGUCUAAAUGUUUAUGAUUUUUGAUUUUUUGGCCCGAUAGAUUGAGGUCGAGUCGAGCAGAACAAGACGUGCUAUCCAUCACAGAACUCGUUUCAUCGCUGUGUCUGGUUCGCUCAUAAUCUUGCUGCAGAGGUGAGUGGUCGGCCCCGCAAACUGCGACCAGGUUUCGCUUUUGUCUCAUAUUCCCGUUUGACUUUGGCUUCAAACAUUAUGACAUGACAAGAAAGUCAAGUUUUAGCUAAUAAAGAUACUGUUGGAACAUCCGAACACAUCCAAGCGCACUACGAAGCUCUUCCUUGAGAGCAAGUGGAAUCAAUAGAGUGGCAAUCUAACAGAAAGACGACCAGAACGGACGUGCCGGGUGAUCACUGACUGUCUAAGGCCCUGAAAUGGUACCAAAAUGGGUUCAAUGUCAUUG